CCUUCAGUGAGAAGCUGUCUGUCCCGGUGGUUCUUUGUCCCAGGGACUAACAGCAGAGAGUCCACGGAGCCUAAUUGGGUGAAGGGUUGAGGGACAUCUGUCUGAUUAGCCUCCUCCUCCUCAUCCUCCUCUUCCUCUUCCUCCUCCAGCAACAGACGGGGAUUAAGCUUCUGCUCUGUAAUUAUUAUAAAUCAUACGUCAGCAGAAAGCCAGGGCCGUGUCCCGAGGAGGAGGAGGAGGAGGAGGAGGAGGAGGUGCAGCCGCUGAGGCCCCGGGAGACGUGGAGCGGACACGGGCCGGAGGAGCAGGAACAUCCGCCGGAGUCAGCGCCACGACGCGCACACACACACACACACUCCCCCGGCACCGAGCGCGGAUAAUACGCAUCAAGAUGGCGGUGCAGGCAGAGGAGAGCGACGGGAGAAACGUGGAGCUCGAGCACCUGAACGAGUCGCUGGGGAACCCCGGCCUCAUCUCACCUGACAAGGAUCUGUCUCGAGUCCUGACGGUGCCGUUCAGCGGCCGCAUCCGGGGCGGCAUGCGUCCCGGGAAGAAGAUCAUCGUGAUGGGGAUCGUGGACCAGGAGCCGGAGAGCUUUGACCUGAGCCUGACCUGCGGCCGGGACCCGGAGGAGGAGAAGGAGGAGGAGAAGGAGGAGGAGCCACCGUACGACGUGGCCCUGAAGCUCAGCGCCCGCUUCAGCGACCGCCAGUUCCUCCGCAGUGCCCGCGUCUCCGGGAAGUGGACGGGGGAGGAAGUGUCCACUUCCUACUUCCCCUUCAUCCCCGACCAGCCCUUCAGGGUGGAGAUCCACUGUGAGCACCAGCGCUUCCGGAUAUUCGUGGACGGACACUCGCUGUUUGACUUUUAUCACAAAGUGAAAUCUUUGCCGUCUAUCGACUCGGUACGGAUACAAGGAGAUCUACAGAUCACCAAGCUCGGCUAA